AUGAGGGCAACAUGGGAAGGGCAGCAGCAGGAAGGCAGCACGGGAAGGGCAGCGGUGCAGCUUCAAGGGGAGUGCAGUGCGGUUGGAGGAGGUAGGGGGGCAGAGGAAGGAGGAGAGCAAUGCCUUUCAGGAGAUGAGGGCAACAUGGGAAGGGCAGCAGCGGUGCUGCUUCACUGGGAGGGCAGCGUGGGAGAGGCCAUGAGGCAGAGGCAAGUUGAGUGCAGUGACGGUGGAGGAAGGAGGGCGGCACAGGAAGCAGCAGCUGAAUCCGUUCCUGAAAAUGAGGGUAGCAGAGGAAGAUCAGUGGUGCAGACUUAUGAGACGGGCAACGAUUUCGGAGGAGGGAGGGUUGAUGGAGAAGAGGAGGGAGGAAAGGAGGGUGAAGAGGAGGGAGAAGAGGAGGGAGAAGAGGAGGGAGCAGAGGAGGGUGAAGAGAAAGGGGCAGAGGAGGGGGCACAGCUGGGAUCACAGGUGGGAGCAGAAGAGGGAGUGGAGGAGGGAGCAGAGGAGGCAGAAGAGGAUGGAGAAGAGGAGAGAGCAGUAGAGGGAGCAGAGGUGGGAGCAGAGGAGGGAGCAGAGGAGGGGGCAGAAGAGGGAGUGGAGGAGGGAGCAGAGGAAGGAGCAGAGGAGGGAGCAGAGGAAGGAGCAGAGGAGGGAGCAGAGGAAGGAGCAGAGGAGGGAGCAGAGGAAGGAGCAGAGGAGGGAGCAGGGGAGGGAGCAGAGGAGGAAGCAGAGGAGGGAGAAGAGGAGAGAGCAGAGGAGGGAGCAGAGGAGGAAGCAGAGGAGGGAGAAGAGGAGAGAGCAGUAGAGGGAGCAGAGGUGGGAGCAGAGGAGGAAGCAGAGGAGGGAGCAGAGGAGGGGGCAGAGGAGGGAGCAGAGGAAGGAGAAGAGGAGGGAGAAGAUGAGGGGGCAGAGGAGGGAGCAGAGGAGGGAGCAGAGAUGAAAGCAGAGGAGGGAGCAGAGGAGGAAGCAGAGGAGGGAGAAGAGGAGAGAGAAGAGGAGGGAGCAGAGGAGGGAGCAGAGGUGGGAGCAGAGGUGGGAGCAGAGGAGGGAGCAGAGGAGGGAGCAGAGGAGGGAGAAAAGGAGGGGGCAGAGGAGGGAGCAGAGGAGGGAGCAGAGAUGAAAGCAGAGGAGGGAGCAGAGGAGGAAGCAGAGGAGGGAGAAGAGGAGAGAGAAGAGGAGGGAGCAGAGGAGAGAGCAGAGGAGGGAGCAGAGGAGGGAGAAGAGGAGGGAGAAGAGGAGGGGGCAGAGGAGGGAGACGAGGAGGGAGCAGAGGAGGGGGCAGAGGAGGGAGCAGAGGAGGGGACAGAGGAGAGAACAUUGGAGGGAGCAGAGGAGGGAUCAGAGGAGGGAGCAGAGAAAGGAGCAGAGGAGGGAGCGGAGGAGGGAGAGGAGGAGGGGUCAGAGGAGGGAGCGGAGGAGGGAGAGGAGGAUGCAGCAGAGGAGGGAGACGAGAAGAAGGGAUACGUGGGGCAAAGUUGGCAGUUGGUGGAAGAUGGAGCAGAAGGGAUUUGUGGGGGAAGCGGGGAUUAUUGGAGGGGACAGGAAGAGGGAGGAGGAGAAGCAGAGGAAGAGAGGGGUAAGGGAGAGGGAAGUGGGGGAGGGGAGAGGGCAGUGGAAAAGGGAGGAGGAGAGAGGGAAGAGGAAGGUGAAUGGGAAAGGGAGAAGGAAGAAGGGGAGAGGGAAAAGGAAAAGCGAGGAAGGGAGAGGGAAGAGGAAGGAAAAAUAGCACGUGAGGAUUGGGAUUGUGGAAGGGGGUUGCUUCGAAUGGGAGGGGCGGUGAGAAAGGGAAUGUGUGUUGAAGGAGAUUGUGCCGAGGGGGAGGGAGGUGGUUGCAGGGAAAACCACCUGGAGAAUCACCUGAGGCAGCAGAAGAGAUACCUGGGCACAAAGGUGCACUGUAAUGUGGGGAGGAGAGGGUGCCAGUGGAAGCUGAGGAAACGCAGGAGGCAGGAGGAGAAGCUCCUGAGGCAGGAGGAGGAGCUCCUGAAGGAGGAAGAAACCCACCUGAAACAGGUGGAAGAACACCUGAAGCAACAGAAAGAGCACCUGAGGCAGCAGGAGGAGCACCUGAAGCGUAAGAGGCAGCACCUGGAGCUUCAGGUAAGACGCACGCGGAUUUUGAAGCAACGCCUGAGUUGCUGUAGCUGUUUGUGUUCUUGUGGUUUAAGGAGAGGGGUUGAGGAGAGGGAUGAGGAGGGAGGGAGGAUGGUGGAGGAUGGAGGGAGAGGAAGAGGGGUUGUGGUGCAUGAUGGGGAGGGGGUGGGGUUGGCGGAAGAUGGAGGGAGAGGAGGGUUUGAUGGAGGGAGAGGAGGGGUAGACGGGUGGAGAGGAGGGAGGGUGGUGAAAGAUGAGAUUGAAGACUGGUUAAGGUGA